GGACUCGCGCCGACCCCGAGUCAGCUCGUUCUCCUGCUCUCUCCUUCAAUCUUUGCAUAUAAACCGUACAUUCGUCAUUGCUUACACCAUUCUCAUUUCUGGCUUAGAUUCGUUCCUUCAAUAGCGUAGCGUCGCGUUUUUUAAUCUCCUCAAUUUCCCAUUCGGGUCCCUAAAAAAUCCGAAAACCGGAAAUAAGAAUUCUGUCGGUGGAUUCCUCUCUCUCUCUCUCUCUUUCCCCCUCCUCUCCUAAGUUCUCGAAGAUUUUCUCCCAGAUCCAUAGCUUUUCCGUUUCAAGAUAAUGUCGAGAUCUAACGAAUAAACUCCCACGUAGAUCCAAUUUGCUGAAUCUCCUUCCGCAACCAUGACUUUGAGCAAUGGCGACGCUAAAUCAGCAGCGACCUGCAACGGCAAUGCCGAGAAGCCCUUCAGGAUCUUCGUAGGUUACGAUCCACGGGAAGAUCUCGCUUACGAGGUGUGUCGUCACUCCAUUACGAAGAGAUCUUCAAUCCCCGUCGAGAUCACACCCAUUGUUCAAUCCGAUCUCCGCAAGAAAGGGCUGUAUUGGAGGGAAAGAGGCCAGCUCGAGAGCACCGAGUUCUCGUUCUCGAGGUUCUUGACCCCUCACCUGGCCAAUUACCAAGGCUGGGCCAUGUUCGUGGACUGCGAUUUCCUCUACCUGGCCGACAUUAAAAAGCUUACAGAUUUGAUCGAUGACAAGUACGCAAUCAUGUGUGUUCAGCAUGACUACACCCCUAAAGAGACCACGAAAAUGGACGGUGCGGUUCAGACAGUGUAUCCGAGGAAGAACUGGUCUUCCAUGGUGCUGUACAACUGUGGACACCCCAAGAACAAGAUUCUGAGCCCCGAUACCGUGAACACUCAGACGGGCGCCUUCCUCCACAGGUUUCAGUGGCUCGACGACGAAGAUAUCGGGUCCAUCCCCUUUGUGUGGAACUUCCUCGAAGGGCACAAUAGGGUCGUGGAGAAUGACCAGAGCACGAAGCCCAAGGCCAUUCACUACACUCGCGGAGGGCCAUGGUUUGAUGCUUGGAAGCAUUGCGAGUUUGCAGAUCUCUGGCUCGAGGAGAUGGAUGAUUACACCAAGAAACAAGCCGAGGCUGCGAAUUAGACGAGGUUAUGACAAUAACCUGCCUUGAAUCUUUUGAGUUCAUAUUCUUUAGAAUUGGAUCGAUUGAUAUAUAGUAUGGUUUGUGAGGUGGUGUAGAUCCAGGGUUCAUGGUUGAUGAGUCUCCGAGGAAUGGUUUUUUUUUUUUAUCAUUUGAAUUCCUUAAAUCAUAUCUACAUUUCACAUUAGGCAUAUAUGUAUAUGUAUAUGUAUAUGCCUCUCAUAUAACAUUUACAUGAUAACAUUAUCAGUUUGUUUUA